AUGUGUGAUUCAGAAGAUGAUUUAAGUUCUAUGUCUACUGUCCCAUAUGAGUACGACGCAUCUGACUGCUCAGAUAGUAUAUAUGAAAAAGAAACUCAAGCCAUUGGAGAACUCGAAAACGUGGAAGGGAAUAAAGGAAAGUCACUAAAAGAUAAUAGAUGCAACUCUGAAAUCGAAACUGUGCUUUAUGGUGGCCCAACACAGCCAUUAAAAUUAAAGGAUUCAGGAUUAAGAUCUAAUUCUUCAAUAACUGUGGGGCAAUCUACUUCAUCAGAAACAAAACAGAUUGUUGAUUCAGAUUGUGAAACAAUACCAGAAUCUCCUUUUAUAAUUAUGGAUGAUGAAAUUGAUUUCCAAAAACUAAAUUCAAGACCAGCCAGUUCUGCAAGUUCACUUACGGAUGACGACAGAACUCAGCUUCUUCCUCUGGUGCAUCAAGUGAACACUUUUAGUAGCACAACUCAGCCAAAUUGCCUAAGUCCUGAGAUUCCCCUAUAUGAAGGUCCAACACAACGACUAUUAAUCAAAAGUCACAUCACACCAAAUUCUUCACAAGAAGACGUUGCUUAUGCUUCAAAAGCUGGACAAAGCAUAGACAUAUCUGAUUUUGAUACUCUUCCUAUAUCUCCAAAUUAUUAUCCAGAAGUACCUUCUCCAAUUGGCAGGAGAGGUAGUCCAGAAGGAGAAUAUACCAGAAGUGAAACUCCCAUGUAUGAUGGCCCCACUCAACCCCUGCCAGUUAGGCAUAAUACAAAGUUGACGGAAUGUACAACAAGCGAAACUCCCAUGUAUGAUGGUCCCACUCAACCCCUGCCAGUUAGGCAUAAUACAAAGUUGACGGAAUGUACAAGAAGCGAAACUCCCAUGUAUGAUGGUCCCACUCAACCCCUGCCAGUUAGGCAUAAUACAAAGUUGACGGAAUGUACAAGAAGCGAAACUCCCAUGUAUGAUGGUCCCACUCAACCCCUGCCAGUUAAGCAUAAUACCGAGUUGACAGAAUCUACAAGAAGUACAACUCCCAUAUAUGAUGGCCCCACUCAACCUUUACCAGUUAGGUCUAAAACCAAACCAAAUUCUGCUCCUAAAGAGACUUCAUUGACAGAAUCUAUUCAAGAUGUACCAUCUCCAGUCAGGAGAACAAGUGCUUCAAGUGAUAUGGAAAUUGAAGAAGAUGACAGUGAUCAAACUCAGGUAAUUCCUGACUUGAUACAUUCUUUCGAACGAGGCCCUUCCUCCGCUGCUACAGUCAUCACGGACGCUGAAAACGAUGAGCUAUCAGAUUGCGAAACUUUACCUUCCUCUCCUGUUCACCAUCUGAAUUCCACGGUAGAAAUCCCUUCUACGCAGAGUACGGAGGAUAAACGUCCGCUCCGAGGGGGAGAUGUUUGGGGUGCUUUGAAAAAAGUUGACAACUGGGAUUCUGAAACUGCUGACUCGUGUCCUUUAUCCCCGGAUCUCUUCGAUGUUUCUUCACCUUGUCCCGAGCUGGACACUGUUCAAAAUUCAACCGUCGAAUCUGAAAAAGAUAAAAAUGACGGUUUAAAUCCAAGCAAUUCAAGACGUGAUCCUACCACUGAAAUGGACCGAGCAACGAUACCAGAAUCGCCCGUCUUUGAUUUCUACGAUUCUCAUAACGAACAGGCAGACGAUGAGACGCAAGUCCUUUCUCCCCCUGUAUUCCGUGAUCAAGGAUCGCCAGCCUUUGUCGCCGAAACUCCAUUCGUUCCCCAUACGACGUCUGGAAGGGUCUCCGAGGAGAUGCCCAUUGUGGCCGAAACGCCUUUUGUGGUUGAUGACUUUGAAUCACCAUUAGUAAGCGAUGAAACCCCACGGAAAAAAAGGAAAAUUGUUCGACGAUCUGGCCAUGCUUGCCGGCAAUUGUUGCCUGAGAAAAAUUUAUCCAUCGAUCAUAGAACAUCUACCCCGCAGGAUAUGGACCUAGAGUCAACUAAAGGGGAUGAAGCGAUGCCAAUCGAUGACGCCGCCUCCGUUGAAAGUGAUUUUGAACUCACUUUUGCUUCGCAUUAUUCGCCACUGCCCACACUAGCAGCAUCCGCAUCAUCUACCGAGCCUCCUUUUGUUGGCUUCGAAGCCAUUGAAGUGGAAGUUCCAACCACUCAUUUGGAGCAAAUUCGGCAAGUCAUUGACAACGAUCAAAUGGAAUCCGUGGAAGAAGGAAACGCCGCAGAAAAGGUUUCAGCUCAAUUACCACCGCCUGCAGCACCAGUAGAGACCACGGCAAUAGCUGGCCCUAGUACUUCCAAAUUACCGACUCCUAGGCGGUCUUCUCGCAGGCCUGUCCCCAAUACCAGAAGAACUUUUGAUAUUUCCGAGCCAAAUCAGGAACCUGUUGCGAUUAAGAGACGACCAGGCAGACCUCCCAAAGCAGCAAACAAAAUCGAAAUACAGUCUUCCAAUGAAUCGGAUGCUUCUGAACCUGUAACAGCGAUUAAACGACGGCCGGGCCGGCAAGCCAAGGGAAUAAAAGUCGGAGUAAAGUCAUCUGAGGACAAUGUUUCUGAACCAGUUGUUACAGCAAAUACACGAAAACCAGGCCGGCAAGCUAAAGGAUUAAAAGUGGAAGUCAAAUCAUCCGAUGAAGAUGCUUCUGAACCAGUUGUUACAGCGAUUACACGAAGACCGGGCCGGCAAGCUAAAGGAUUAAAAGUGGAAGUCAAAUCAUCCGAUGAAGAUGUUUCUGAACCAGUUGUUACAGCAGCAGUUAAACGACGUCCUGGUCGACCACCUAAAAUCGAGGCUUCGAUUCCGAAGGAGCCCAGUGAAACCAUGAAACCAGUUAUCCCAAAGGCAUCUACGUCGGUGCUCUUAUCUGAUGCAGCUGAAUCGAGUGAAGAAAACCGAGCUGCAAACUUACGGACCAGCCGAAAGACUCGCGUUGGACGAAAAGAAAAUGAUGCGGCAAGUGUCAGUGUUGUUGAACCCCCGACGUCCCCACUGUUGGCCAAAAGGAAACAACGAAACCAAGUCAAGAAAGAAUUGGCAGACGGUUCACUUCUUGAAAGUGCCUUGAAUAAGACAACAGUUGCAGCGCAGCGUCGAAGUAGACGUAGCGUCAACAACAAUAGGGACGACUUGUCCGUGACAUCCUCCGUCGGAUCCAGUUCACCUUCAAUCACAGAGGCAACGCGCAGGCGGAAACGAGCAUUGGCGGGCCAGGUUCGAGUUCUCUUCACUGUCAUCAAUGACGACGGCGAACACGGCAAAAUUGUUGAAAGUCUGGGGGGUCGUGUUGUCACGACAUUUAAAGAUUGCUCCGUCUUGGUUACAGACCGCGUUCGCCGUACCCUCAAGUUCCUUUGCUGUGUCGGUCUGGGCACUCCUAUAGUUGGUGUGGAAUGGUUAACCACGUGCCGUACCAGUCGAAAGUUUGUUGAUCCAUGGCUUCACUUGCUCAUCGACAAAGCGGGCGAAGAAAAGUUUGAUUUCAAACUUUCCGCAAGUCUCGAAGUCGCCAAAGAGACCCCCCUUUUGUCCGGCUGGAUUUUCCACGCCACUCCGUCUGUGUUGCCAAAGCCGGUUGAAAUGCAAGAAAUUGUCGAGUCUUGCGGCGGAAUUUAUUUCGAAGAGAGCGACAAUUCGGUAGACGACAACAAGAUCGUCAUCAGCUGCGAAUCAGACAAGCAACUGUGGCCCAAAUGGAAGAAGCGAUGCGCUACACUGGUCGACAAAGAGGCUAUCCUCAGUGGCGUCCUGCAGCAAGUCUUCGAGCCGGACAAAUUCAAGUUGGACGUCUAGAUGGCCCAAAUCGUAUCAAACGCCAACUCGAAACGUUUUCCCAUAAUAUCGACACUUUCUCCCGCUUCCCCUUCCCGGAUUUUUCUUUCCAGUUGAUAAUGGUAUUAUAUAGUCCUUCUAUUCUUAAUAUUUUUGGUUCUCUUUUUUUAUUGAGCCUUGUACUACACUCCCAAUGUGUUCGUUAAUAAUUCUGUCGUGUCUUAACGAGAAGGAGAAGAAGAAAGGUACAACAAUACUUUGAUUAAAGGCUUAUACUUAUGAUAA